UUUGAACCAUUUGACCUAGAUGAGCGCGUUUUCUGUAUCCUUUCGGUGCUAGUCAUGGAUGAGGAUAAGCCUAUUAAACUCAAUACGAUUCCCGUUACACUUCUUAAACGAAGAAAAAGGGUUAGCCGGGAUAUAAUCAAACAGCAGCGCCUGCGUUCUGAGGAGUUACGCAAACGUGCCCGAAAACGCAGAAGUCUUAUCCAACCUCCGAUCCGUUUUAUAAAAACGGGUCUCAGGCGGUCGUACGAUGAGUUACGUUUGCAGCGGAUCGCUAAACGCAAAUCUCCGUUUUCAACAACUGAUCAACCAAGACUGGGUGUUGUAAUCCGGUUAAAGGACGAUGAAGAGCAACUCGCGGAUGUUUGUAAAGAUGUGUUCAGAUUACUUCGUCUUGACACCCACAAUCAAGCUGUUUUCAUCAAAAUUACAAAGGCUACUCUUAGUCUGUUGAAUAUUGUUUCGCCUUAUGUGGUAUGGGGUUAUCCGUCCCUGCAAGUGGUACGCGAUAUGGUUAUGAAGCGUGGGCGUACUAUGCUUGGUAGACACAAACAUUCAAUCGACAACAAAGUAAUUGAAGAGAAACUAGGUCACUGUGGGAUUUUGUGUAUAGAAGACAUUAUCCACGAACUCGUAACUGUUGGUCCAAACUUUAUGGCGGUUCAGCGCUUUUUAUGUCCAUUCAAACUUAUGUCAUCCAGUCGUGAUUGGAUGUCAGGCUCACGGCGCUGUCACGCUCGUGUUGAUUCUCUAACAGGGUUUCGAGAAGAACAAUUAAAUGAAAUGAUUCGUAGAAUGAUAUGAUUGUGUAAAUAAAGAAUGUAUAGGUAUUAUCCGCGAUUAUUACUUUUCUGCAUAUAUUAUAUGAGUAUACAAAAAUCUGUCUUGUCUCAAAAUUUCUGUAACUGUGCUACUCUUUUUGGUUACUGAUAAAAGUUUUUCACAUGGAAGGAUUAUUUCUAUUGUCAUGUCAGUCGAUUCGCAGUAUUACCUUUGUAUUUAUUGAUCUUGCG